GUAUGUGAUCUACGAAGAUCAAAAUUUUAGAGAAAUUAUAUUUAGAUUGCUAUUAUUUUGAAUAUGAUAUGAAUGAAAGUGUAAAUAAGAUAUUGAAAUCGAAUGAUAUAUAAGUAAUUUCUUCAUUCGAAAGAAAUAAGCCGUAUGCGACGAGUUUCAUUCAUAACAAAGUAGUAUUAUAGGUUACUUUUUUACUUAUUAUGGCACAAUCUACAGCUAGUGGAACAUCUUCUCGACGAUAUAUAAGAGAACAUGAUGUUAACGUACCAUCUUCGUCACGCUAUGUGGACAGUGAGUGGGAAACCAAAGAGGCUUUACGACAAAGGGAACUUGAAGAAGCACGUGCACGAGCAGCUCAAAUGGAAAAGACAAUGAGAUGGUGGUCAGAUUGUACUGCUAAUUGGCGUGAAAAAUGGAGUAAAGUACGUAAUGAGAGGAAUAUGGCAAGGGAGGAGGCAAAGAUAUUUAGAGCAAAGUUAGAGAUUGCUGUAAAGGAUGCAAACAGUUAUAAACAUGAGUGCCAGGAACUUGAAUUACAAAAUGAUCAAUUAAAAAAAGAAAUGGAAAAAAUACAUAUGAUAUUGUUAAAACAUGCUGGACAAUUUGAUCAACAAAUUUUUACUGUUUUAGAAUCAGAUCCACAGUUAAGAAAUACAUUAGGUAUAGAUGAAUUAAUCAAAUUUUACAAUAAUGUAGAACAAAGUGAACGUGUAAAUACUCAGAAGGAUUUACUUACUUGCAAAUCUUCACUUGAAGAAUCUAAUGUAUGUUUAGGAGGUCAUACUAUUUUACCAGAUAGAGAUAUCGAAGAGUAUGUACUACAAGGUGCAGUGCCAAAGCAUGCUGUAGAAUUAUAUAAAGAAAGUCCUAUUAAUUCAUUAGAUAAAGAUAUUGCAAGACUGGUUACAGAUGCAAGUUCUGUAGAAGAUAAUGUAGAGAAAAAUCAAUCUUCGUUACAAACAUCUACAGAUGAAUCUUAUGCACAAAAAAUAUUAACACUUCAGUAUAAAUUAGAUGAAGCUACAAAAACUAUAUCUACAGAAAGAGAAGAGAAAAAUUCUUUACACCGUGGUAUGGAAAAAUUAAAAGCAGAAGUGGUACAACUAAGAAAACAAUGUGGAGAACUAGUGGAAAGUAAAGAUGAAGCUAUAAAAGAACUACUUGAAUUAAAAGAACGAUUUCAAUUCGAACUUAGUGACGUGCAAGCUGAUAUAAUUGAUCAAGCUUCAAGUAGAGAAGGAAUGAAUCGUCGUUUAUGUGAACUUAGAGCUGAACUAGAAAAGCUUCAGGCCGAAAAUGCUGCGGAAUGGGGAAAACGAGAACGUCUAGAAACAGAAAAAAUUUCUUUAGAAAGAGAAAAUAAACAACUUCGCAAUGAGUUACACGAUUUACAAGAAAGAAUAGAGUUACGACGAUCACGUCCAGUUUCCACAUCUGACAGUGAUACCAGACAGUUGCAACAAGAGUUCUUAGUUAGAAACGUGACAAUAUUAAAAAAAUCGUUGGAGGAAAAAACUACAGAACUCUCGCACGCUAUGAGAAGAUCAGAACAAUACGAAGCAGAGGUAAAGAGAGUAAGAGCAAGAGUAGAAGAGUUGAAGAAGGAAUUAGCUUCAGCUCAGGAUGAGGUAGAUGCUGCAGCUAAUAGUGUUCGUAAAUUACAACGAGCAAAUGAGGAUCUUCUAGAGCAAUUAGAAUCUGCUAAUGUGCAAUUGGAACAUUUUCGAAAUAGUACUGAUUCUUACUCAGUAGAUGUAGGAAUGGGACAAGCUGUUGAAGCAAAAUUAUGUAUAAAUGAUGAUAAAUUAACAAAUGGUAGGUUUUUACAUUUUAAUAAAUUUGAUAUAUUCGAGUUUAUAAUUCUAUCUUAUAAAUACUGUUUCAGAGUAUGAAUCUCAACAAGCCUAGUAUUCACUCAUUUCAAUAAUAACAUUAUAUUUAAUUUGAGCGAUGAUUAUGGUACUUGGAAUGUAAAAAGCAUUUUUUUAUGUUCUAAGAUAUAUAUUACCAAUUUGGUUAGCAAUACCUUUUACUUUAAAAGAACGCUAUUAAUAUACGAGGUGUCCGGCUACAGGUAGGCAUUCUUUGAAGGGGUGAUAGCUGAAUUGAUUAUGAAUAUCCUUUACCAAAAUACUUGUUGAGGUUUAGUUUUUGAAUAAUUCAUGAAAACACUGACCAAUCAGAGCACACAUAAUGCGCGGGUUUAGUCACGAGAGUGUCUCUACGAGACCGAACUUAAUCGUGAUCGCGAACAAACUACUCGGCACCGCGUCAAACUCGGUUCGCAGCCGACACUGAGCGGCUGCGUCUGCGCACUACGCAGCUGAGUUUGCGCACUACGCAGCUGAGUCUGCGCGCUACGCGGCUGAGUCUGCGCACUACGCGGCUGAGUUUGCGCCCUACGCGGCUGAGUCUGCGCACUACGCACGCUGUGAUUGCCCAGUGUUUUUAAUUAAUAAUUCAAAAACUAAGCGUUAACGAGCAUUUUGGCAAAGGAAAAAAUUGUUCAGAAUCACCCCAGCUACCACUCCUUCAAAGGAUGCCCACCUGUAGCUGAACACCCGGUAUAAGUAUUAUUUAUAUAAUAAUUUCGAGUAAUGAAAAGUCACUAUCUGUUUCAGUAUAUUAUUGUUUAAAAUCAUUUGUUUCUUCUUUCAGCUUUAUAUCAUUUUUUUAUUGUAUAUAUUAUUUUUUAAAAUAUUUUUUACCUAAACAAAUUUGUGAAUAAGACUUUGAAUAUUUUCUUACUUGUAAAAAGUUUACAUUCCAAUAUAUUACAUAUAUUUUAAACAUGUUUAUCGUAUGUAUAUAAGUAAUGUAUAUAACUUAAUAUGUAUAUGUAAUUACAAAGUUUACCUGUUACCUAAAGACUGGUAUAAUUAGAUCAUUAUUUAGAUGAGAGAUGUUCAAUGAUACCUGAUAUUUAUAAUUAAAAUUUUUGCUCUAUUAUAAAUGUUUGUAAUAUAAAAAAAGUAACAAAUCGUAAGUGUAUUUAUGUCUAUGUCACAUAGUAAUUCUUAUCUAUUUAAAUUUACAUUUGUAGUAGACGUUAAGAAAAUAUUCAAUGUAUAUUUAUUAUUGGAUGUUAUUCAUUAAUGAAGGAGAGUAGGAAACAGAAUUUUUUAUUUGUUUAACGUGUAUUUUAUUGAUAAAAAAAAAGAUAAAUACUAAAAGCUGAUGUAGCAUUAUCAAAUUAAUAAUGUACACUUAGUACAAGUACCUUGAUAAAAAUGAGAUGCAGUACGUAUGUAUGAAAAAGAUAAUAGAAGUAUGAUUAUAUUCAUAAAGUGUAUGAAUGUUCAUAAUGUUCAUAUUAAUGGAAAAAAAAAAAGAAA